UCGAGCGGGUGUAUAGUCGUCGAGCCGCUUCGCGCGUAAAUCGAGUCUUGUUUAUUUUGUGAUGGUUUCUUUCGAACUUUUAUGAGUUUUAUGAACUAUAGAAUUAACCUAAUGGAUUAUUUUCAAGUGAUGUGACAAUUGUUAGGUUAAUUUCGAAGAGUGGUUUGAUUUGUCCCCUCAAAAUGGAAUUGAGGUCCGUCUUUUGGACAGUUGUCUUGGGCCUGAUUUUUGGUGCGGAGGCGGGAAUGAUAGGUGAUCAGUGCGACUGGAAUGGCAGUGGCCUGACCAGCAACGCGGAGCGGGGCGUGACACCAGUCUACCUGCGAUGUCGGGAAGGGAUAGUGUCCUGGGUGUAUCCUCGAGGCGCGCUGAGGUUGCUCUUCAAGCCGCCCAUGCCUGCUGACGAGCGGGACUUCCAUGUUUGUGUGCGAGUUGUACGACGACCAGAUCCGCCUGACUUGUUCCACGAUGACCGGCUUAACGAUACAAAAGCCGAACGCUUCCCCGCUCGGUUGUUCGUCGAGGGCGCCCACAAGCUGGUGCCCCUGUACGCGCCGGACGACGGGGACCCGCGCGAACUCCGCUGCUUCCGCAGCCGGCGCGGCCGGGCCGCGCUCUACGUGGAGGCCGAGCCCGAGGAAGGCACCAAGCGCCGCGAGGCCACGCUGAGAUACGAGGCCAGGCCGCUGAACAGGCGGCACUAUGAUCCUGCCACGGCGGAUUGCAGGCCGUGCACUGAGGAGGAACUGGAACUCGCAUUCUGCACUAGUGAUUUAGUGUCUCGCGGAACGUUUGUGGGCGCCGAGCAGCGCUCGGACCUGGACAGCACGCAGCUCACGUUGCGGCUCAGCAAGCUCAUCCGCGCCACCGGCAGCGCCGGGCCCGAUCCCCGCACGGACGACGCGGUGGACGAUCAUUACUAUAGAUACGAGGUAGACAACGCGCUCGAGCACACCACCCACCGCAACCACCGGCGGCGGAAGACGCGGAGCCUGCACGCACACAUUCACGUGUCGUCCGUGUGCGGCGCCGAGGCGGGCGCCGGGGAGUUCCUCGUCAUGGCGCGGAGGAGGCUCGGCAGGUACGCGUUGGUGUGCGCGCCGAGGAUACAGGACUGGGAGGAGCUGGUGGAGAGGCGGACUCGAGAUGGCAGUGCGCAUUGCUCGCUGCAACAUUAGAUACUUCAACGGAUGUCUAUACACGAAGUGUCAACAGUGAACAUAAGUAUGUAAGUCGUUCGAUUGAUGUUUAUAUGAGCCCGUACGAUCUGAUGCUCUUUCCCAAUGUGGACUUUAUUUCACACUUCCAUUGAACAAAUGAAAGUACCUACCGUCGAAAGAAAUUAAUCUAGUCGCUAUUAGAUGCAGGCCUCUUCCAAAGACCGCCUCAAUAUGACUUCAGGUUUGCAUUCAGCGAUUCUCUCAUCUCUCUCCAUCUUACUUAUGUGGUGAAAAUUCUUCAAAAAACCCAUACACUAGAAAAAUCAAACGGAAUACGCCAAGUUGUGGUAUAAGUAAACGAAAUAAAAAGGUUUAACCUGGAAUACAACUAGAAAAAAAUUACAACGGAUAUGUAAUGAACUCUCUUUAGGUACUAAAGUAAAGCCAUUGUACUUUAGACAUACAUGUGUAUUUCUCAUUAAGUUUCAAGAGGCAGAUAAUAAAUAUAGACGCAAUAAGUGCUACUGCAGUAAAAACGCCAUCUAGUGCAGAUAUUCUCACAACGCAGAUUUUUCUUUUUAAAUUAUCGAUUUGCACCUAUGAUUGAUUGAUAUUGAUAUCUGUCUCUACCAAAACAUUAACCACCCUACCUAUUAAUAAAACUUUGCAACCUCUUACAAACCUGUUAAAAUUUUGUCUCUUUUUAACCAACUAAAAUGUCAAAAGGACCGAUAGGGACAAACGAUUAUCAACGGUUUGUUAGAUUUGACAAACGUUAAUGAAUAACGCCAUAUUAAGAAAUAUAUCUAGUUACUAAUUGGAUAGGAUAAACACAUGGAAAUUGGAAACGUUGUGCCUAUAAAAUGUAAAGAUAAUAUAAUAAUUUAUAGGUACACCCAGCCGCAAAACUGCAUGGCCACUUGAAUGUGUCCAUGCAAUUUUGCAGCUCACUGUACAUUUUAAAUUAAAUGAACAUUAUAAUUGCUUGCCAUAGAAAAUUACUAAAUGAUGCAAUAUUGUAAAGUACAUAUACCUACCUAUCUAAAAGAGAAGUAUCAUAUUAUUUUACUUUUGUACAUAUAUGUAAUUCUAUUUUUAAAUAAUGUGCCGAUAUAUCUAAAACAGCAAUAUACAUAUUUUUUACGCACCAAUAAGAUGUACCAUCAGCCGUAAAAGUGCAUGGCGACUUUAUCAAUGAAUUCAUUCAUAAUUUCUCCAUGCAAUUUCACACUCACAAGCGAUACAAUAACAUCAAAAGUCAAAACACUAUUGCUCUUUUAGAUGUCGCGGUAAAUAGGUUUAAUAUUCAAAAUGUGGUCAAGGGUGCCAAAUCUGUAAGAUCUUCAGAAUAGAUGUAAGGUUGAUCUCAACUUGUAUAUAUUAUCAUAGAAAGGGGCAUGUUUAGAUGAAGAAAUAUGAGUUGUGCUAACUAAUGUUUGAUUUGAGGCAAACAAGUAUAGUACAGUCAGCUGCAGAGAUAGUUGACCCCCUCUACAAACAAAUUUCUAUGCAGACUGACCCUGACCCUCAGCUAUCUCUGCAGCUGACUGUGCCUAUGCAAGUAAGAAUUCAUAAGAUUUGCAGCAGAAAAAAAUAUGGGAGUAGCGUGAGAAAACUAAGUUGUAAAAAAACACUCGAUAAUUCCGAGGUUCUGAUCAAACUGAGCAUAGGUUUUAUUGUUACGAAAUAAUACAAAUAUUCCGUCAAUAGUAGCUAAAUAAUAAAAAGUAAAUAUAAAAAACCUUGCACAGUUUAUUUUAGAACCUCCCAAAAUAAUACUUUUUACACUACAUUUCUCUUACGUAACGUAUGUGAAUUUGGAAUAUAAACAAUAUUGCUUUGUACCCUCACCUCGCUUCAGUGCUUCCAGCAAAAAAAAAAACUAUUGUUUAUUCCAGAUAUAAUAGUUUUUGCUAAUAUAUAUCAUAUAGUAUGUACAAUAUAUAGAAUAAGAAAUGUGAAUACCUAUUAAUCUUAAAUUUGUACAAUUCGUAAGUAUAGUUUUGAUUUGUGAUAUAGUUUACAACGAAUGUAUUGAGAAGUGCCUAUUGUACAUAGAAAUUAUAAAGAGUUUGAUAUUAAUAUGUUUAUGAAUCAUAUGUUGUAAAAUAAGGAAAAACUGUUGAAUAUAAGAUUUUAAAGA